AUGGAAAAAUAUCGUGAGUUCGCAGACGCAGCUACAGGCAUAAAUCCAUUUUUGCCCUUAUGGGUAAACAACAAAUUGAGUGUCCACGAGAAGCUUUUAAAAUUUCUUCUGUUCCCCCUGGUGCUGUGUCGCUUUUGCUUCCUAUCCCUGACAUUAAUUUUUAUGGUUUUCCUAAACAGCCUAGUGAACCUCUUCAUAUUCCAGAGCGUAAAGGACUUCUUCUAUCAAAUUAUACAAGCCAUUUAUUGCCGACUGUUGCUUUUUUACUUGGGUUUUUUUUACAUGGAUGAGGAGUAUGCUAGCCACAAAAGAGUUAAAAUAAAAUGCAUGAAGAAGAAAAUUCCAUUCACAUAUGAUGAUUAUGGCCACAUAUAUCUGUCCAACUUUACCUCCUUCGUCGACAUUUUAUAUUUAGCAUAUCGUCUCAACCCCCUAUUUGUUAUUAUUAACAAAAAUGGAAGUCUGUCUCCUGUUUUCUUCUUUGACUUAAUAAAGCUAUCACUACAAUUUUCCAUUCCAAACAAGAAAGGAGAAUUUAAAAACCUAGAACAAGUACAUGUCUUUGCAAAAAAUAAAAAAAUAAAAUCAGUGGUCAUAUUUCCAGAGGGCAUGAAAAGUAACGGCUCUUGUAUUCUCCUGUGGAAGAAUGAAAUUUUUACUCACUCAGAAUAUGUUAUUAAAAACAAAUGCAAUUUGAUCGCUUUUAUUUACGAAACAAAUAUACUUAACAAAAAAUGGAGUAACUUUUACACCUCUCCGCAUACCGUUUUUCAUCCCGUCCUUCAUAUUAUCCUUCUCUGUUUUAAUAUAUAUAAUAAAAUUAAAAUUGUGUGGCUGAACGAAAAGGACAUUGCAGAAUCGUUGCGCGAAUUUGACUUUUCCAACUGCGAUGAACUCGUCCACUACUUGAGGAGCCUCAUGGGCCUCAUGAAGCCCACGGGGGGCACCCUCGUCAAUGUCAAAGCAGAUUUGUUGGAGAAGUUUGUCAAGUACUGGAACCUCACGCGGGGCCGCGCCUACCUUUGA